GGCAAUCAAAAUUUAUAAAUAUCUUCCACCUACGACAAUAUAUUGCCGAAUAAAAGUAAAUACAAUAAAUUUAUGCUAACGAUGAAAUAUCGCAACCAACUUCAUGUGCUAUUGUAUAGUUUGUGCCUGCGGUUGUGUAUAUCACUCGUUUAAAUGGCAAAUUAAGCUUUCUUGGAAGUAAGUUAAAAUUAAAAGCACAAAAGAGUUAGGACUGCUGCAAUAUUUAAAUCGCAAACGAAGGCUUAGGUGGAGGAAAAAUCUAAAGCAAUUUCAAAUUAGUUUCGAUAUUUCAAAAUAUGCGUUCUUGAAUAAAAAAUAUGCUAUAAACAUAUACGAAAUAGCACAUUCAGAGAAUAGUGGAUACAACUACGAAAAUCAUGAUGCCUCGGAAUUCGUAAUAUAUUCAGAAAAAUCAGUAUAUUCUCUUACUGCCAAAUUAAGAUAAUUAGAAAUAAAGUGUUUUAUAAUAUAUGAAUUAUAUAUGCGGCAUUGGUGAAGCAAUUUAAUUAUCCUUUCACCAACUUACAUCAGCAUAUACACAGUCCCAUUACUUCAAAUGCACAAUUCGAUCCAUGCGCGUCGUCAACGAAAUGGGAAACUGAUUAAUACCGUCCUAGGAACAGUAACAACUAUGUCUCACUGCUUACAUCGCACGAGCAACGAUGUACCGAAUCUCAUUGCCAAUUCACCAGAUCAAAGUAGCAUGUACGCAAAUGAUUGUGCACAGUACAGACUUUGGCGGCGUCGGAGAAGGCAACGUUUUUUACGCAUAUUUAAAUUUUAUACAUAUUGCGCUAUGUGUUUGUUUUUCUAUUGCAACACGGUUGACGCCGCACUAAAAGAAGGCUUUCGAAUCGAACAUGGUAAUAGCAAGUUGAAUAGCGCUUCAUCGGGUACAAACAACGCCAAUGCUACGUCACAGUUGCGUUUGCAAUUUGGGUCUAGUGAUAUAAUAGCACAAUUUAGUUUGCCUGAAGGUGCACUUGGUAACGGCAAUGGCAGUUACAAUGGUGUUACCACUUCAACAAUGAUAAACAACUUAAAUGCGCCAAAUCACUCCAUGCCAACCAUAAGUGGUGCACAGGACAAGAAUUAUUUCACACAUUUAACGUACGAUUUUAAGCGGAAAGUUUUUUACGCCGGUGCCACCAAUAAGAUACUGCAAUUAAAUGAAAAUUUGCGAGUUUUGUCGCAGGCAUUAACCGGCCCAAAAUAUGAUUCGCCGCAAUGUCAUGCCAGUGGCUGUCCGGAUGAUGUGGAAACCGCAUUAGUUAAUAAUCAUAAUAAAAUACUAAUUGUUAAUUAUGUGCAAGGUGUCGGCAUACUUAUUGUUUGCGGUAGUGUGCGACAAGGCGCUUGUGAAAUGUACAAUCUGACAAAUUUCCCGCAUUCGCCGAAAUUCAUUGAAACACCUUUGGCCGCAAAUGAUGAGUUUGCGUCCACGUAUGCGUUUGUCGGGCCAGCAAAGUAUUCUUGGAAAGAUGAGGAUAUACUCUAUGUUGGUACAACAUUCACAAAUGUUGGCGAUUAUCGGCAUGACGUGCCGGCGAUUUCGUCACGUCGCUUAGACGAUUUAAACUACGUUGAGUUUUCAAUACAGCAAUCUAUUAUUAAUAUCGAUGUGAAAUAUCGAGAUCAUUUUCUUGUUAAUUACGUGUAUGGAUUUAAUUCUUCAGAAUAUGCAUAUUUUGCUAUCGUGCAGAAAAAAUCGCAUUUAGCUGAUGAGGCUGGUUUUGUGACUCGAUUGGCACGCAUAUGUGUUACAGACCCGAAUUAUGAUACUUACACGGAGGUAACCAUACAAUGUCUUGCCACGAAGAACAAUAUCGACUAUAAUAUCCUACGCGAUGCAAAGAUAACACAAGCUGGACAAAAAUUGGCACAAACGUUGGGUAUAAAGCGUGGCGAUGCUGUUUUAGUUGCGAUUUUCUCCCCCUCCAAUGAGAUUACGGACCAAGCUGAAGCCAAUUCGGCCAUGUGCUUAUACAGCCUCAAAGAUAUUGAGGAAGUAUUCAACGAGAAUAUACACAUGUGUUUCAAUGGCACAAUAAAAGAUCGUAAUUUAGGCUAUAUCUCUGGCACGAUCGAUGAUGGCCACUGUCCAGUUGCAGGAACUAUAGGGAAUAUACAAGACUUUUGCACCGUGGGUUUGAAAAUCAGUGGUUCAUCACCCAUAACGGUGCAAGCAUUACUGCAUUUUGAUAACGUCAGUAUUACAUCAGUUACCACCACAACUACUGGUCCGCAUUCAUUGGCAUUUUUGGGUACUGAAACCGGUACAAUCAAAAAAGUAUUAAUAUCUGGUCACAAUGCUGGCGAAUACGAGGAGAUAGCCGUCGACCCUGGUAAUAAAAUCUUACAGGACACUAUGAUGUCCGCGGAUAAAGACUUCCUGUAUGUACUUUCAAAGCGUAAGAUAACCAAAUUGCGAGUUGAACACUGCUCGGUUUAUACAAAUUGUUCUGUUUGCUUGGAAUCACGUGACCCAUUCUGUGGCUGGUGUUCAUUGGAGAAGCGUUGUACCGUACGUUCAGCAUGUCAAAAGGACACUUCUGCCGCUCGUUGGCUCUCCUUGGGCAGUGGCCAACAAUGCAUCGAUUUCGAAUCUGUUGUGCCUGACAAAAUACCCAUUACUGAGUUGACAGAAUUGCAAUUGAUUAUACGUACGUUGCCAGAACCAUUCAAUGCUAAAUAUCGUUGCGUUUUUGGCAAUUCAACACCAAUCGACGCGGAUGUUAUCGAAAACGGUUUAGCUUGUAUGACGCCACCAUUGGAGGAGCGACCGAAAAUUCCAGCAAAUAUGGAUCAUGUGCUGGUGCCACUUGCUGUGCGCAGUUCGGAAACAAAUAAAGACUUUGUGUCGCGUUCAUUUGCAUUUUUCGAUUGUUCGCGACAUAACAUCUGUCAGAACUGCGUACGUAGUAUUUGGGGUUGUAACUGGUGCAUUUACGAUAAUCGGUGCAUACAUCGAAUGGAGCAGUGCAGAAAUAUGGAGAACGUGAUUAGUAAUGAAGAGCACUGCCCGCAUCUGAAAGCCUCACGUCAAUUAAUAUUACUACCUGUACAAGUGCCAAAGGAAAUAAGGCUAGAAAUUGAAAAUUUGCCGAAGCCAAAAAGUGCGCACUCCGGAUUUCUGUGCACAGUGCAAAUCGAAACAUCACAAAUGCUUUUACCAGCGCGCAUUGAAUCCAAUAAUGUUGUCGUAUGCGAGAAGACACUGUAUUUCUACGAAACCAAUACGCAUGAAUAUGAAGCAAAAGUGGAUAUCACAUGGAAUCGCCAACAUUACGUCGAUACGGCCACGAUUAUUCUCUACAAAUGUGACAUAUUGGGUUCACAUCGCGAGCAUGCCGAUUGUAGUUUAUGCGUGACAAGAGACCCGAAAUAUCAGUGUGCGUGGUGUGGCAACUCAUGUGUUUACAACGAAACAUGUUCAACUGAUAUAUUGGAGCACUCACCACAUAUAUACGACUCGCCAUAUUCGCUGGUGCAUGCGCACGAUUGUCCACGUCCGCGUAUUGAUAUGAUCAAACCUUUAUCAGGACCAAUUGAAGGCGGCACCAUAAUCACCAUUGAAGGCAGCAAUCUUGGCAUACGCGAAGAAGAUGUACGCGGAAAAAUAUCGAUUGGCAAAGUGCCAUGUGAAUUGGUUAAUUACGAGAUUUCAGUGAAAAUUGAGUGUCGUACAGGCGCGGUUUCGCAGGAACUCUCCGCGCCAAUAAAAGUUGCGAAUGAAGCUGGCUACACAGAGUCCAGUGUGCAAUUUCACUACAAGAAUAUACAACUUAGUGGUUUGCAGCCGACACUGGGGCCAAGGUCUGGUGGUACACAAAUUUCCCUAAUGGGUAAAUAUCUGAAUAUUGGCUCACGCAUACAGGCCUUUCUUGAUGAAUACGAAUGUCAUAUAAAUAUUACGCAAGCAUCCUCUUCGCGCUUAACUUGCAUCACUUCCGAGUCGACACAACCGGAACCCAUACGCACUUUGCAUUUAGUUAUUGAUGGUGCCAACCGCACAUUUACAUGCAACAAUCCGGUAUUGCCACAAAUAAAUCAGCAAGAAAGCACGUACAGUCAACGUCAUAUUGUAACGCCUGAUUUAGAUUAUAAUCAUCAUUAUCUCACACCGACGUCACGUGUAUGCUCCAUCUUUAAUUAUACACAAGAUCCGCGUAUAAUGCAAAUUAAACCGCUACGUAGCUUCAUUAGUGGCGGCAGGGUGUUGACAGUACACGGUUUACACUUGGACUCCAUACAGAAGCCUGAGUUGGAAGUGACGAUCGAUAAUAAACGUGUGAAUAAAACGGCUUGCACAGUCAUAAACUCGAAUCAGAUGGAGUGCCCAUCGCCAUCGGUUAAUUUGAAAUUUUUGGAAUAUAAAGCUUCUUUAGAACAAAUCCCAACAGCCGACACCAGCCCAUACAUUUCAACACUACCCAUCUAUAAAUUUGAUACAAUAAACAAGCGUAGUACACAGGAUAACUCGUACAUGUACACAACGACAAGCAACACGGCAAGUGGUUACUUUGCUGGCACAGGCGUCAAUACGGAUGUUACAUCGUUUGCGAAAAUGCGUGAGACACAGUUAAACCUACAAGUGGGCUUCAUCAUGGACAAUGUGCAGUGGGUACGCGAUUUAAGCAAAUACUUUCAGAGCAUACGCAGCACUAUUGUUUACGUUUCGGACCCUAAAUACACGCCGUUUCCAGGCGGCAUUAAGUUGUACAAAGGGGAUACCUUAGUCAUAGAAGGCGAACAAUUGAACAUUGCAGCCGAUGAGUAUGAUGUGAAUGUCACAAUCGGCACUAUGCAGUGUAACAUUACAAGCUUAGCGUUAAACCAAUUAGUUUGUAUACCACCAGAAAAGCAGCCAGUCUCAACUGACGAAACUGGGCUGGAGCAGCCCAACUCUUUGCCUUUGGUUGUUGUGAAAGUCGGCCGGAAUUUACGUUUCGUUAUUGGCCACCUAAAGUAUGAUUUGCAUAAGCCGUACGCAUUCUCCAAUGCACUGGUGGCUAUCAUUGUUGCAGUUAUCACCGCGCUGAUAGCCUUGUUUGUUGUACUAAUUAUCUAUAGAAGAAAAUCAACGCAAGCCGAACGUGAAUACAAGCGUAUACAAAUUCAAAUGAUCACAUUGGAGAGUAAUGUGCGUUCCGAGUGUAAACAAGCGUUUGCCGAAUUGCAAACAGAUAUGACUGAUUUGACGGCUGAUUUAGAGAGUAGCGGCAUACCCACGCUCGACCAUGUCAAUUACAUAAUGAAAGUGUUCUUUCCGGGCGUUUCCGACCACCCCAUUUUGGUAGCACCGAAGCUGCGCAUGAAUAUUCCUCACACACCCUACGAUACAGCCAUGUUGCAAUUCGAACAACUGAUAAGCAACAAGUAUUUUGUAUUAACGUUUAUUGAAACGCUGGAAUCGCAGAAAACGUUUAACAUACGCGACAAAGUUAAUGUUGCUUCGCUCUUAAUGAUUGUCUUGAUGAAUAAAAUGGAAUAUGCCACGGAGAUUUUAAAGUGUCUAUUAUUACGUUUAAUAGAGAAAUCCGUGUUGGGCAAGUAUCCGCAGUUAAUGUUGCGACGCACUGAAAGUGUUGUCGAAAAAAUGCUUACCAAUUACAUGGCCAUUUGUAUGUACGACUACUUAAAAGAAUAUGCUGGUUCCAGUUUAUUCCUAUUGUUUAAAGCCAUUAAGCAUCAAAUAGAGAAAGGUCUUGUCGACGCUAUAACACAUGAGGCGCGGUAUUCUUUAUCCGAAGAACGUUUGCUGCACGAACAAAUUCCACAUUCGGUUGUAGUGCUACACAUUGUACAGGAUGAUCUGGAUGAGAAAGUGCAGUGCAAAGUGCUCGACUGGGAUACGAUUUCGCAAGUGAAAUCGAAGAUAUUGGAUGCGCUGUUUAAAAAUACGCCAUUUUCUUGCCGUCCAUCAGUGUACGAAGUCGACUUAGAGUGGCGUCAUGGACGUGGCGGUCAUCUAACAUUGCAAGAUGAAGAUUUAACCACGAAGACAGUACAUGGCUGGAAACGCUUGAACACGCUUGCCCAUUACGGCGUGAAGGAAUCUGCUGUAAUGUCGCUGAUAGCACGGCAAGGCGAUGGUUAUAAUACGCAUUACAACAAACAGCAGCAGUCGUUUCAUAAUUUUUAUUACAUUAAUAAUUCACAAUCGCAAAUUAUCAUCAAUAAUGACAUCGAAAGUGGUCUACAGCCACCGCGUGUGUACCAUUUGGUGAAACCAGUGGGGAAUGAUCAUUAUAUGAAUAUCAAGAAUACCGCGAUUUCUGGUGGUAACGUAACCUCUGCUUCGUGUAGUGUCGUUAACGAUCGCAUAAACAAGACUAUACCUGAAGUGUAUUUAACAAGAUUAUUGGCAGCUAAAGGAACUAUACAAAAAUUUGUUGAUGAUUUCUUUGCCACGAUACUAACAGUGAAUGAAGAAUUACCGCCAGCUGUAAAAUGGUUAUUCGAUCUGCUUGACGAAGCUGCACGUCGACACCAAGUUGUUGACACAGAAAUUCUGCAAGCAUGGAAAUCGAAUAGUUUACCAUUGCGGUUUUGGGUGAAUUUUAUAAAGAAUCCAGACUUUAUUUUCGAUGUAAAUAAGACAGUGACGAUGGACUCUUGCCUAAGUGUAAUAGCACAAACUUUUAUGGAUGCAUGCUCAACAACUGAGCAUCGGCUAGGGAAAGAUUCGCCUUCGAAUAAGUUAUUAUUUGCAAAGGAUAUUCCACAGUAUCGUAAAAUGGUUAGACAAUUUUAUCGAGAUAUCGCGCGUUUGCCACAAAUAAGUGAUCAAGAAAUCAAUACAGCUAUGCAGCAGUUAUCGGUGCAGCAAAGCGACGAGUUCGAUACGAUAGCAGCAUUAAAAGAGCUCUAUAUAUAUGUUACAAAAUAUUGGGAUGAAAUAAUUCAUGCGCUGGAUACUGAUCUGAAUUGCAAGAAAAUGCAUUUAUCACAUAAUUUAGAGAAUGUGGCAUUUACGUUAGGCGGAGAGGAAACAUCUGCCUGCUGACAUCUGCAUGAAAAUCCUUCUCUUGAAAAUAAAAUACUAUUUAUAGCAACUAAUUUCUUAAAUAUGUCGCACUACAAAAUAAGGGACAAUAUGUAUUUAGAAAACUUUAGUGGGUGUUUCAGUAUCUUUAGAAACGGUGAACAGCUGCUAAAUUGCAGAUGCAUUAUUCAUGUACAAUAUUUCACACCCUACUAAGCAGCUCUACCACAAAUUUCAUAGCGAUAAAUUUGCUACAACAUUGCAUAUGGCUACUGUUGACUCAUAGUUUUAAUUGUUAUCGUUUGCGGCAAAUGAACAGUCGGUUAUGUCAGCGAAUCAACGCGGAUGCCCACCAUGCCAGACCGAAGCAAACAUACAUUAUUAUUAGACUGACACUACAUACAUAUAAAUAUACACGCAAGAUUUUUUUAACAAAUAAUAGAUGAUAAAUGAUAAAACACUAUAACUGAAGCAAGUAACGGAUUGUAAAAAUAUAAGUGUAUGCAUUUUUA